CAGACUGUGGAAAUCAUUCAUAAAACCGUGGAUUGUUGGCCGUGAAUCACCCCUCAUAAAAAUAACCUGGGAAAGCACCAGUUGAAGAUGGCAGUCAGGCAUUUCAUCAUUAAGGCGCUCUGCGUGACUGUAUGCCUGGCAUAUAAUUCCCCAUCGCCCAAUGAAGAAUCAGCUAGAGAAUUCAUAGAACAUGUCCUAAGGAUCCCAAACCCUGAAAAGAUAUUGAACUCUGCUCGUGGUAGACUUGAGAGGGCUCGACAACAGGAGCUGUUGAGGCAGCGUGUUGCUGAGGCUGACUGUGAAGAUCCUAGCGAGCUGUUACCAGAAUACACAGCGGCCCUUCAAGGUUCACGGGAGCUCAGGCAGCUAGGAGCACAGAAACACUACCCCAUAUGUCAUUUGGAGAGGACAAUCAAGAAGUUGAACACCAACGAAUACGAAUACCGACCAGCGUACUAUGAAGAAGUACGUUGCACCAUGACAUCGAGCGACGAUAUUGGCGAAACUAAUGAGGUCUGCUCGAGUCUCGGAUUGGCGUGCGUCCAAUGGAACAAAACUAUUCAUUUAACAAGAAGACGGUACUCCAGUGACUGUUGGGAGACGAGCACCAUGGUGAUUCCUGCUGGCUGCGAGUGCAUGUGGCCAGUCCAUCGGCUUGGCGACAUGAAUCUAAGAGUUUAACCAGCAAUCCAUGAUGGGCUGUUCCGUCCUCCAAAUCAGCAUGACAUCUGAUCUCUAUUAUCUCUAAAAAACUUAAUAAUUUUCGUGUAUAAAAUAUAAACUUUCUAGUCUAGUAAUUAAGGCUUAGUUGCAUCAAGAAGAAGCAAUAUAUAACCUCUUUCUGUCGACUUUUUUCUUGAAACUAUAAAACUAAACUGUACAUGUUCUGGUGAUGGAUUGAUUUAUUAUUGUUUUUUUUUAAUUUAUAGUUAAUAUGUUUAUAAUUGUUGUACUUAUGGGACCAAUUAAAAAAUGGCUGGUCCAUAUGUGUCAGAUAAAUGAUCAUUCUACGUAAAAAAUGUUCAUGUGUUGUCAUUUAAAAAAGCGUUACUCGCGAUCGCUCACUUACCUAUAUCUAUUAUAUGUAAUAGGUUUCUCGACUACAAAUUGAAUUUAAAGAUUUAAACUAUGAAACAUAUUGUCCGGCUGAGGCAUUUGUGAAUACACUAUCAACAAAAAAGCUGUUCAUUACAUUCUUCCCAUAUUCAAUACCCUUAGUACGAGUUUGCUUUACGUCCAACGAAAAUAAAACGAGAGCACGUUCGGCGCUCUCAUUGGUUGAUUCAUUCGCGCCGGCCAAUCAGAGCGCCGAACGUUUUCGUUCAACGUUAAGCAAACUCGUACUAAUUACUACUGAUUUCAAUUAGUCAGGCAGACAUCACUCUCAAAACAAAACACAUUGUAUCCUAAGCCUAAUUACCUAUUAACCUUUCUAUAUUUACCCAACGGUGUAUAAAACCUUACUUUAUAAUUAUGAUAUUACAAUUAUAUUCUACAUAUACCUAAUUAAAAAGAAAUUGUAUGCUAUUUAUUAAGACAUUUUUAUUUGUUUAAAAAUGUGAGGGCUAUAUUGAUGCAACUAAGCUGGCUAAAAUAUUCAUAAGACUGGUUCAGUGCUAAUGUCCUUAUAAGCUGAACAUUUUUGGUGGAUUACACAAAACUUGAGAGCCUAAGUAAACAUUGCUUGCCCACUUAAAUAUGUAAACAAAACGCAUAUGUAUAUUAAUAUUACUUAAUAUUACGCUAGUCACACCUUUGUACAUACAUUAUAAGGUUUAUGAAUGUC